AUAAAUCAACAGCAUAUUUAAAGCAAUUUGUAAAUAAUUAAAGCAUCGUAAUUCUUCUUAGUUAUAAUAUGGGAGGCGGUGAUUUGAAUUCAAAGAAAUCAUGGCAUCCAAAUACAAUGAAAAAUCAAGAACGGGUUUGGAAAGCGGAGCAGGCAGCAGCAGAAGAAAAGAAACGUAUAUCAGAACUUCAACGCGAAAGAGCUGAGGAAAGAGAUCGGGCAGAAUUGAAUCAGAUGAUUCAACGAUCCGCAGACAAAUACGGCGAUAAUCGCCUCAAUUGGAUGUAUGAUAAACCUGACAAAAAAGUACAAGAAGAAGAUUAUCUUCUUGGUAAAUCUAUCGAUCAGAACUAUUGUCGGGAAAAGGAGGAACAAAGUACCAUACCAGCUGUUGCACGACGUGUGGUUGGUUCCAGUAUGUUGACUAGUGGUGGAGAUGCUCAAGUCGAUUUAGCUCGCAAAAUUCGAGAAGAUCCCCUUCUCCUGGUUAAAGAAAGAGAGAGAGCUGCCCGAGCAGCUCUUCUCAACAAUCCAUUGCAUCGACGUCGCCUUGCAGAUUUAUUACGGAAGGAACAGCAACAUAGAAAAGAGAAAACCAAGAAGAAAUCGAAGAAGAAAGAGAAAGAUCUUGAUGUUAUGCUAGCAUCCAAAUUAAAUGCUUUGAGUGGGCAAAAAGGAAUAGAUAUAGCGAAAUUGCUUGAUUCAGAAGAUUCCUCGUCGGAUUCAUCUGACGAUAAACCUGUUAAGAAAAAGAAGAAAGUAAAGGAACAAAAUAAAAAAAAGAAGUCUAAAAAGUCGAAAUCAAAGAAAAAAUAUGACACAUCUCCAGAUUCUUCAGAUGUGUCAAAUAAUUACAAGCAUAAGAGGAAAUCAAAGACCGAAGAAAAAUUGACAGACAAGUAUAAUAACUCUAAAAAACGUAAAAUUGACAACGACUUCUCUGAAUGUGAAAAAAGCAUAGAACAAGUAAGAAAAAGGAUAAGUCCUGAAAGAGAUGUCGAUAGGAAGAGGAGUCGGCGCCAUUCCAGCGACGAGGACGAAACAAAAACACAAGGUGAAAGGAACGCGAUGAGGAAAGGACGCGAGGAAACAUAUAACAGCAAAAGAGAUGUAGAACGGACGCGUGAGUGUGAAAGAGAGAGGGACAGAGGGCUUGAUUCGCGUUCAGAUUAUGGAAGGAGGUGGAAGCCUGAGAAGCCAAAGAAAGGGUUAAGCGAUGCGGAGAGAGCGUCCAAGUUAGCAGCUAUGGCGGCAGCAGGGGCGGAACGUGAGGAAUCACGCGGUAGGCGCGUGGCCGAGCAGCGCCGAGCGGAUCUCGUCGACAACGCCGGAGCAUCUCGACCACGUACUAAUGAUGCGAGAACAUUACCCGAGUCACUCGAAUCUCGCAUCCGAUCCAACAAACAUUAUAUACAACGCGAUCGACACCACAUGAAUGAACACUUUGCAAGACGGUAGUUACAAAUAAAACAAUCGUUUUUUUGUUAUGUUAUAAUUAGUUCUAGUUUACAUAGAAUAUCUUAACAAAUGUAAAUAAUGUAUCUAUCAAAUUACAAGAAAUUCACUCGAAAGUAUUUCGACAAUGUUCAUAUUUUCAGUCAUAUCUUGAUAAAUAUGGUUAGUCCAGCGGUAUCUUUUCUUUGACGAUCUGUAAAUAUAAAAAGUUACUCUU